AUGUCAUCAGCAAUAAACGGCCCUCCAUCUGGAGUUCCUAAGCGGAAACCAGUUCCAAAUUCCGCCGUCGCCGCACCUCCACCAAUUGCAGAUUCGUCCAGCGACCUUGAGAAAACGGCCGAGCCCGCGGUCGCGACCGAAAACCAGCCCGCAGCACCCCAACACAAACUGACGUUAUGGCAACAAUUGCAACAAAGAUGGGGUCAGUCUUCGACUAAAAAGAAGCGCGUCAUAAUCGCGGCUCUAGUCGCAUCGCUCGCGCUUCUCGCACUCAUCAUCGGUCUUGCUGUGGGGUUGACGAGACGUAAUGGAAAGGGACUAUUGGAUGAUGGAGGAAACUCUACUGACAAUCCUACCAACACAACCAGCUCCAAUGACCCUCUCCCAACCUCCAACGGCGGCCCCUACACCGGCGACCUGACAUACUACGACCCCGGUCUUGGAUCGUGCGGGAUAACAAGCACUUCCUCCGAGAAAAUCUGUGCAGUUUCGCAUGUCGUAUUCGAUGCCGCACUUACUUCUGGAAACCCCAACGAGAAUCCGCUUUGCGGGCUGAAGUUGCGAAUAAGAAGGGGCGAUAGCAGUGUGGAUGUUAAGGUCGUGGAUCGUUGUCCUGGGUGCAACGUCGAUGACCUGGAUGUUUCGUCGUCUGUGUUUGAGGAACUUGGCGAUUUGGCAGAGGGUAGGGUGACGGUGCAGUGGGCCUGGUUGGACGAGACCCCUGUUGCUAUGGGAUGA